AUGGACACGUUCUGGUGGCGCGCAGCUUGGGGACUCUGCCUCGUGCAGCUGAGUCUGGCGCAGAUCGAUCUAAAUAUAACCUGCCGAUACAAAGGUGUAUUCCACGUGGAGAAGAAUGGUCGCUACAGCAUCUCGAAGACUGAGGCUGCUGACCUCUGCAAGGCCUUCAAUUGUACGCUGCCCACCAUGGCCCAGAUGGAGGCAGCCCUGCGCGUAGGGUUUGAGACCUGCAGGUACGGGUUCAUAGAUGGGCACGUGGUGAUCCCCCGGAUCCACCCCAAUUCCAUCUGUGCUGCAAACAACACGGGAGUAUACAUCCUUACAUCCAAUACCUCCCAGUAUGACACGUAUUGCUUCAAUGCUUCAGCUCCUCCUGAAGAAGACUGUACAUCAGUCACAGACCUGCCCAAUACCUUUGAAGGACCAAUUACCAUAACUAUUGUUAACCGUGAUGGCACCCGGUACACCAAGAAAGGGGAAUACAGAACUAACCCCGAUGACAUCAACCCCAGCACCACUCCCGAGGAGGACAUGAGCAGUGGAUCCCCCAGUGAGAGAAGCACUUCAGGGGGCUACAACAUCUUCCACACCCAUCUUCCAACCGUGUACCCGACCCCGGACCAAGAUAGUCCCUGGGUCCCCAGCAACCCAGAGACUACCCCAGCUACCACUUUGAUGAGCACUAGUGGUACAACUUCCAAAACAGCAACCAAGAGGCAAGAAGCCCAGGAUUGGUUUUCUUGGUGGUUUCAGCCAUCAACAUCCAAGAUUCAUCUUCACACCACAACAAUAAUGUCUGGUACGGAUUCAAAUAUCAUCUCAGCAGGCUGGGAGCCAAGAGAAGAAAAUGAAGAUGAAAGUGACAGACACCCCAGUUAUUCUGGAUCAGGCAUUGAUGAUGAUGAAGAUUUUAUCUCCAGCACCAUUUCAACCACACCACGGGUUUUUAACCACCCACAACAGAACCAGGAUUGGACGCAACUGAGCCCAGGCCAUUCGAAUCCAGGAGUAUCACUUGAGACAACCACAAGGAUGACUGAUGUGGACAGAAGUAGCACCAGUGCUUAUGGAGAAAAAUGGACCCAGGAAGCACGCUCUUCUCUCAGUCACCAGGGGUACCACGAUGAAGAGGAGACCCAGCAUCCUACAAGCACAACCCGGGCACCCCCUACUAGUACAACGGAAGAAACAGCUACCCAGAAAGAGCAGUGGUUUGAGAAUGGAUGGCCUGGGGAAUAUCCCCAGAGGCCAAAAGAAGACUCUCAUUCAACAGCAGGGACAACUGCAGCCUCAGCCCAUGACAGCCAUCAAAAUCAAAGAGUGACAAUGCAGAGCCAAGAGGACCGUUCCUGGACUUAUUUCUUCGACCCAGUCUCACAUCCAAUGGGACGAGGUCAUCAAACAGAAAGAAGGAUGGAUAUGGACAUCAGCCAUAGUACAACGCUUCAGCCUUCGGCAGAUCCAAACACAGGUUUGGUGGAAGACUUGGACAGGACAGGACCUCUUUCAGUGACAACUCAGCAGAGUGAUACUCAGAGCUUCUCUACAUCACAUGGAGGCUUGGAAGAAGACAAAGACCAUCCCAUGACUGCUACUCCAACAUCUAGCAAUAGGAAUGAUGGCACAGGUGGCAGAAGAGGUGGAAAUCUUCCUGAAGACUCAACUGCUUCAGUGGAAGGUUAUACUCCUUAUUCUCCAGACACAAAUGAAUACAGAACCCUCAUCCCAGUGACCCCUGCUAAGACUGGGUCACCUGAAGUUACUGAAGUUACUACUGUUGGAGAUCCUACUUCUAAUGUUGAUCUUUCUUUAUCAGAAGACCAAGACUCAUCCCAUGACCCCAGCGGGAGGUCCUAUACAACUAAUGGAUCCGAAUCAGCUGGGCACUCAAGUGGGAGUCAGGAUCGUGGGGCAAACACAACCUCAGGUCCUAUGCGGAAACCUCAAAUUCCAGAAUGGCUGAUCAUCUUGGCAUCUCUCCUGGCCCUGGCUUUGAUUCUUGCAGUUUGCAUCGCUGUCAACAGUAGGAGAAGGUGUGGGCAGAAGAAAAAGCUGGUGAUCAACAAUGGCAAUGGCACUAUGGAGGAGAGAAAGCCCAGCGGACUCAACGGAGAAGCUAGCAAGUCUCAGGAGAUGGUGCAUUUGGUGAACAAGGAGUCGUCAGAGACCCCAGACCAGUUUAUGACCGCAGAUGAGAGGCGGAACCUGCAGAAUGUGGACAUGAAGAUUGGGGUGUAACACCUACUCCAUGACCUUGGAAAGAAACCAUUGUCAGAGACAUAAUCUUUAUAGGGAGCUGGGACACUUCACAGAUGCAAUGUGCUACUGAUUGUUUCAUUGGGGAUCUUUUUUCAGCAUAAAAUUUUCUAUUCCUUUUUGGGUUUUUUUGUGU